AUGGCUCCGAAACGGACUUCAAAAAAAGGCAGCAUUGGAACAGAUAAAGCAGAAAAAGGAACUGGUAAGCAAAAAGUGGCGAAAGCUUUGGAUGCUAAAAAGAAGGUUGUCAAAGGACAAUUUAAAGUCCAUAAGAAAGGGGUUAGGACAUCUGUGCAUUUUCAUAGACCACGUACAUUGACUUUACCACGAUCUCCUCGUUAUCCACGAAAAUCCGUUCCUAGGCGUGACAAACUUGAUGCAUAUGCCAUCAUCAAACAUCCGUUGACAACGGAAUCAGCAAUGAAGAAGAUUGAAGAUACAAACACUUUGGUUUUUAUUGUUGAUAUCAAGUCAAAUAAGCCACAGAUACGACUCGCUGUUAAAAAACUUUACAAUAUCGACGUGCAGAAGGUGAAUACUUUGAUUACGCCAAAUCACGAGAAAAAGGCAUACGUUCGUUUGGCACCUGACUAUGACGCACUAGACGUUGCAAAUAAAAUUGGCAUUAUUUGA